UGCAAAUGAAAAUUCACCACUAACUUGUUACUGCACUGGGAAUAUCAGCCUGGUUGAAAAGCACGAUGAUGCUGGAGGACCUCAGCAGGCCAGGCAGCAUCCGUGGAGAAAAGCAGGUGGUCAACGUUUCAGUGACUGCUGCAAGAAGGAAGUUCUGUCAGCUGGGCACAUCAGUGUGGUACAACAUAUUUCCUGCACAUUCUGUAAACUGUGGAGAAGACAACUCCCAUUCUAUUGACAUGAGCAAUAAACAUCUUUCUGCUGUGACCCUCUUCCUGUGUGUUGCUGUGGGUCUGAAGGCAACGACAGUCCUGAUCCAGUCGCCAGGAGAUGUGAAGGUGCGUGAAGGUGAAACGGUGCUGAUACAGUGUGUCCUGGAGAGCAGCGAUGUGCAAGACACUGUAGAGAAAUAUGAUGUACACUGGUACAACUCACGCAGUAAACUAAAUCAAGAAGGAAUAGUACUUAGUCUUUACAAUCACGGCAGUGUUUACAGGUCACCGGGUUUCUCCGAUCGAUUUCAGCUUUCUCGGAAUGUCACCAGUAACAGCUACUCACUGACCAUCAGCGACGUGAAGACCACGGACUCUGCCGAUUACAUCUGUGGAAUUUGGGGGCAUCUCUUUGGAAAAGGAACCCGGCUGAAUGUGACCAGUGCAGAUGUUCCUGUCCUUAUGCAGUCGCCGAGCCUGGAGCAUGUCACUGAGGGUCACACGGCACGGUUAUGGUGCACCAUGACCAGAGCCAGAUUGCAAGACACCGAUGUCCACUGGUACCGGAAACUACCCGGGCAGGACUUGGAGUGGGUUUUAACACACGACGCAGGAGGCAGCCCACAGUGGGGACCAGGUUUCACUGAGAGGUUCCUGCCCUACAGGGACACCUCCAAUAGCAGCUUCGUACUGACUGUCACAGACGUGGAGCCCAGUGAUUCUGCCGUCUAUUACUGCAGAGUGUGGGGAGACAUCAGUGGGAACGGAUCCCAGCUGAUUGUAAACAUUCAUCAAACAGAGACAUACCAAGAUGUGAAGACGUACCUCGCCUUCCUCGUUCUGGCUGUGGUGCUGGCAGUUCUCGCUGUCACUGGAGGCAUUUUGCUCAUCAGACGCAGAGCUUUGGGAAGCCACCAGUCCCCCCCACCCGCAGCAGCUGAAGACCAAACACCAGCAGCAGAUUAUGAAAAUGUUUCCAAGGCAAGGGAGAUCCCGACUUCAGCAGAUCCAAACGCCACCUACAUGGCUUUGCAACAACCCACUCAGUCCACCUACGGUCAUCUCCAAGGCCAUAAACAAACAUCUGACAGCUGAACCGCAGCGGGACUCGGGCUGUGUGGUGUGGCCUCGGCUGGGUGAAGGAACCCUGGAUGGAAUUCUCCACAGACAGACUCAUCGGACAUGUAACAGUUUAAGGCCCAGAGAUUAGAUUCAUUUUAUGUGUGAGACAAAAAGAAUUUUAUCAGAACAACAUUUGGGAGAUUUGCCUCAGGAGAUACCUAAUGUCCUGAUUGGUCGGGGGGGGUGGGGAUGGUGUGGGGUGUGGUGGGACAAGAACAGGGGUGUGAGAGGUGAUCAGAUCCCAGUUGUUAGAACGUGGAACAUAGAACAAUACAGCACUGGACAGGCCAUUCGGCCCACAAUGUUGUGCUGAUCUUAAUGCCAAUUUAUACUAAAUGUCCUCCUCCUGUGUAUCAUCCACAUCCCUCCAUUCCCUUCAUAUUCAUGGGUCUGUCUAAAAGCCUGUUAAACUCCACCAAACUGCCUGCUUUCACUACUACCCCGGUCACCCAUUCCAGGCACCCACCACCCUCUGCGUAAAAAAAAAAAAGCCUGUCACUCACGAUGCCUUUAAAAUUCCCCCUCUAACCUUAAACGCAUGUCCUCUGGUGUUUGAUGUUUCUCCCCUGGGGUGAGACCCUGACUAUUUUCCCUUUCUACAGUGUGCCUCUCAUAAUUUUAAGAACCUCUAACAGGUCUCCCCUCAGCCUCCGACACUCUGGGGAGAACAAUUCAAGUUUGUCCAACCUCUCCUUAUAACUCAUACCCACUAAUCCAGGCAGCAUCCUGGUGAACCUCUUCUGCACCCUCUCCAACACCUCCACAUCCUUCCAAUAACGGGGCGACCAGAACUGCACACAAUGCUCCAAGUGCAGUCUGACUGAAGUUUUGUACUGUUCAGGGGUGAUGUCGUCACACAACAGCCAGUGGGUGUGUGGACCUCCUGACAGUGAUUUGUAAACCACAGUGUGGUUCCCUAUUCAUGUGGUUCCUCAGCCACAAGGCUGCUGUGAGCUUGACAACCUGUGGUACUUGCACACCUCCUGACUGUGUACUUCAUAACCUCGCAGGGGGCCUGUCUGUGGUGGUCUCUCCAAGGUCUUUCCUGUGAUUGUAUCCCACCCCACCACCAGCCCACCCAUCCAUGGACCUCCACACCUUCUGCUGCCCUUUGAAGUUCCCCCUCCUCACCCUUCUCCACAACAAUCCCCCAUUCAUAAAAAGUGCAGGGCAAGUGACAUCACAGGGAAGCUGUCAGAUCAUCAGUCAGGAAAGAUGAUCAGAUGUAGAGACUUUGCAAUGAUUGUUUAAAAUUCCUCAAUUUAUUUUUCUGCUUUAAAAUAUUGCAUUGACUGUUUAAACUAUUUAGCUGCUUUGGUGUAGAAAUUGAAAGCUUUAAGAAGUUUGCAGCUUAAACUGUGAGGCCAAGUUUGGAAGAUAAGGAGAGAACUGUCGGAGCAGCAAAUUAAUAACAAGCGAUCUGAAAGGGAACACAGAAGCAAUGCAAGAUUCUGUAGGUCAGGGUUGGACGGCUGAGACCUAUUGCCUGAAAUUGCUUUGUCGGGUGGGAAUGUUGGGAGGCUUCAUUUGUCCCUCUGAAAGGGCAGGAAUUUGGAAAGUGCUUGUCAAUCUUAAGCUGGGACUCAGCUGUAGAGGAAGCAAUGACAUGGUGAAGGAUUGCGGCCUAGAAUGGGUUUCUGGCACAGGGAAACUGGAAUGCGGUGGCCCCAGGGGAUCCCACGGUGAGGGAGACAGUCAGACAGUCCCACAGCCUGCAGAGUUUGAGUGCCACAUGUCACUGUGGUGAGGCCGUGAUGCAGAGUGUUCUGUGAACUUUACCUAAUGAUGUGAUGUUUUAAAUAGAAUGCUUAAACACAUGAGGAUGGGAUGGUAGUGUAGUGGUUAGCAUAACACUACUACAGCACCAGCAAGCCGGGUUCAAUUCCCACCCAUGUCUGUAAGGCAGUUGUAUGUUCUCCCCGUGUAUGUGUCAGAUUCCUCCGGGUGCUCCAGUUUCCUCCCACAUUCCAAAGACGUACAGGUUAGGAGCUGUGGGCGUGCUAUGUUGGUGCCGGAAGCGUGGCGACACUUGCGGGCUGCCCCCAGCAUAUUCAAAAUCAGUAACGCAAAAAGACGCAUUUCACUGUAUGUUUCGAUGUACAUGUGACCGAUAAAUAAAUAUCUAAUAUCUAUCUACCUUAAUGUCAUCACUGAUAUGGAGAAUUGUUUUAAAGAUUAUUAAAAGCUCAACAAAAGGUGUUACUUCAGUCUUAAUGCGGAGUGUUGUCAAGAAGGAAAGCAGUUAAAUCAAAAGUGAUGCUGACUGUAUUGAAAUUGAUGAGACGGUGCUAAUUUUGAAAGAAACAAGAUAACUGGACAGAACAUUAAAUAAACCUCCAACAAUGGAAAUGUCUCUUCCCUGAAAGUGGCAUCAGGUAGACAGGCUGGUGAAGAAGGCGUUUGUCACGCUGGCCCAUUGUGAUCU